UUUCGUCUGCUUUCAUUGCAAAUUAGAUGAAGAUGAACCAGGAAGCGAGUCUGGACUUUGGUGGAACUCCAUAGGUACAGCUUUUGAUAAAAAGAUGUGGAGGCUGAAAAUCGCAGAGGGAGGCAAUCCGAUGCUCCGGACCAUCAACAACUUUGUAGGGAGGCAGACAUGGGAGUUCGAUCCCAAUUUGGGUACCCCAGAGGAGCUUGCUAAGGUUGAGGAAGCACGCGAGAAUUACCACAAGCACCGAUUCGAGAUUAAGCACAACGCAGACCUAAUCAUGCGAAUACAGCUGGAUUUCAAUACUUAGAAGCCUUAUUUGAAAAGGAGAACCCAAAUGUAGUGACUCUUCCCCCAGUCAAAAUAGGUGAGAAUGAAGACAUUACAAAGGAGGCAGUGCUGGCAACCUUAAGAAGGGUGUUGAUUCGUUAUGCUACUCUACAAGCUCAUGAUGGGCAUUGGCCCAAUGAUUUUUCGGGUCCAAUGUUCAAUUUACCUCUUUGGAUUAUUGGAUUACAUGUUAUUGGAGCAUUAAACACUGUUUUUUCAUCCGAACAUCAGAGGGAGAUUCUUCGUUAUAUGUACAACCAUCAGAAUGAAGAUGGAGGAUGGGGCCUUCAUAUUGAAGGUCCAAGCACCAUGCUUGGCACAUCCUUGCAAUAUGUUUGUUUGAGGUUGCUUGGUGAAGAGGUUGAAGGUGGAGACGGAUCGAUGCUAAAAGCACAAAAAUGGAUACUAGAUCAUGGUGGUGCAACUACUACUUCAGCAUGGGGAAAAUUUUUGCUUUCAAUGCUUGGAGUAUAUGAAUGGUCUGGCAGCUACCCUUUGUCCCCAGAAACAUGGUUACUCCCUUAUUUCCUACCAUUUCAUCCAGGACGAAUGUGGUCUGCUUGUCGAACAGCAUAUAUGGCCAUGUCAUAUAUAUAUGGAAAGCGAUUUGUGGGUCCAAUUACACCAACAAUUUUAUCAUUGAGGAAGGAGCUUUACACUACUCCCUAUGAUCUUAUAGAUUGGAAUCAAGCUCGUAAUCAAUAUGCUAAAGAAGAUUCAUACAACCGUACUCCAUUGGUGCAAAAUAUCGUUUGCUCGUUUCUUCACAAGGUUGUUGAACCAAUAUUCAUGAGUUGGCCUGGUAAGAAGUUGAGAGAAAAGGCUCUCAACACUCUCUUGCAACAUAUUCAUUAUGAAGAUGAAAAUACUCAGUAUGUUUGCUACGCAGCUGUAAACAAGGCACUAAAUAUGGUGGUGUGCUGGUUGGAAGGAUCAAAUUCAGAGGCAUAUAAGAUGCACCUUGCAAGAGCUGAUGACUAUAUAUGGAUUGCUGAAGAUGGCAUGAAAAUAAAGGCAGUGAAGGGCAGCCAAUUAUGGGACACAGCUUUCACCGUUCAAGCAAUCAUUUCCACUGGCCUUUUUGAAGAAUUUGGCCCUACUCUUAAGAAAGCGCAUGAAUUUAUAAAAAACUCACAGAUUCUGGAGGACUGUCCCGGUGAUCUCAAUUCAUGGUACCGGGAUAAAUCAAAAGGCUCAUGGCCCUUCUCAAUGGGGGAUCAAGGAUGGAUGGUUUCAGAUACCACAGCAGAAGCAUUACUGGCUCUACUCUUACUGUCACAAAUAUCUCCAGAACUUGUUGGUGAUCCAAUGGAUGUAAGACGACUUUAUGAUGCUGUGGAUAUCCUCCUUUACCUACAGGAUAAAAGUGGUGCUUAUGGAAGUUUUGAACGAAUAAGAACCUCUCCUUGGUUGCAGAUAAUGAAUCCUGACGAAAAUGUGGCGAACUGUAUAGUCGAAAUUCAAUACGUCGAAUGCACUGCAUCAGUAGUCAGGGCUCUAUCGUUUUUUAAGAAACUGUACCCUGACUAUCGCAAACAAGAAAUAGAAACAUGUAUCGCAAAAGCAGCAAAUGCCAUUGAAAAGAUGCAAAAUCCUGAUGGAUCAUGGUAUGGCAGCUGGGGCGUCUGCUUCACCUAUGGCACAUGGUUUGGGAUAAAGGGGUUGGUUGCUGCAGGGAGGUCCUACGAGAAUAGCUCUUGCAUCCGCAAAGCUUGUGAGUUUCUGUUAUCAAAACAACUGGCCUCUGGCGGUUGGGGUGAGAGCUAUCGAUCAUGUCAGGAAAAGGUGUAUACAAAUCUUAAGGGAAAUAGACCUCAUGCGGUGCAGACUGGAUGGACCAUGUUGGCGCUUAUUGAUGCUGGACAGGCUAAAAGAGAUCCAGUACCAUUACGUCGUGCUGCAAAAGUGCUGAUUAAUAUGCAAUUGGAGAGCGGCGAAUUCCCACAGCAGGAAUGUUCAGGGGGCUUCAACAAAACUGUCACGCUUACUUACAACAACUACAGGAACAUUUUUCCAAUAUGGGCUCUUGGAAAAUAUUGGACCGAAAUCCUGCUCAAUGCCAAGAAAUGAAGAUCCUACAUGUCUACUUAUAUUACUCUUGUUGCCUUGAUAUUGAUAAUAGUUCUCCAUGCAAUGAAAGAAUUAUAGUAUGCUGGAACAGCCAAUAGGCUUUAAUUAUUAAUUAUAUUUAAAGUGUGAAAUACUCUGAAAAAUCUGCAUGGAGAAAAGAAAACAAGAGGGAUAUAUUAUGUCUCUUGGUUCUGUAAACCAACUUUAAAUAUUGUUAUAUGUACGCCUCUGAACUCUCUCUCUU